CAAAUUAAAAAAAUAGUGAUCGCAUUUGGCGUAUGCUUCUGAAUUCGCGACGAUUUUGCCUAAAAGUACAAAGAUUUAACAUAAUCCAAACUCAAACCAAAUAUCGGCGACUUCGUUUCGUACUUUCGUUGCCACCGGAUCCUAUCCCACCUUCUCCCGAUUGAGAGAAACCCUUCUCUUUCCGAUCAUGGAUUUGUCGAAAGUUGUCAGCUUUUCCCGGAAUUUCGCGGUCUUGGUCAAAUCCGAAGGCCCUGACCCCAAAGGAUUGAAGAUGAGGAAACAUGCUUUUCAUCAAUACCAUUCUGGCAAUACAACACUUUCAGCUUCUGGGAUGUUGUUUCCAAGAAAUAUCUUGAGCGGUGAGGUCGGGGAUAAGCUUAUGUCUGAAGCUGGUCAGGACAUGGCUCUGGUUUUGACUGUUGCAUCUCUUGUAGAACCAUUCUUAACGUUGGGCCAUAGAACUAGUAUCUCUCAGGAUCCAGUGAAGUUGAUCCCUGGUGCUCGGAUUGAGGUUAUGGUGGAGGGCAAGUUAAAGUCGGAGAAGGAAGAUCCUUUUUGGGUUCCUGCGCAACUCCUUUCGCUGGUUGAUGUCCCUGUAUCUUCUGCUGCACUCCAGUCUCUUAUUGAAGCUUCUUUGGGUUCAAAAGAUUCUGGAUGGGAUGUUGGUUGGUCUUUGGUCUCUGCUGAUAAUGGUUCUCAGCCUUCAGUGAAUAUUGAACAUUACAGCAAGCCAUUGAUGCAACUUGAUGAGCCACACGAUGCUAAGUUUAUGGCCAAGUCUGCCACUCGAAUGGCUCUUCUAGGAGUCUCCUUAAGCUUAUUGGGACAGCCAAACAUAAAUCUCGCUUCCACAAGUAGCAAGGGUGAUACACUUGUAACACUUGGCUCUCCUUUUGGAAUCCUUUCCCCUGUACACUUUUUUAACAGCGUAUCAACUGGUUCCAUCGCGAACUUCUAUCCUUCUGGAUCGCUAAAUAAGUCACUGAUGAUAGCUGAUGUUCGAUGUCUCCCUGGGAUGGAAGGGGCCCCGGUGUUUGAUAAGAAUGAGCAGUUAAUUGGCAUUUUGAUUAGACCAAUAAGGCAAAAGAACAGUGGCGUUGAAAUCCAGCUGGUGGUUCCGUGGGGAGCAAUCACAACUGCUUGCAGCCGCUUGCUGCUUGAGGAACCAUCUGAUGGAGGAGAAGCAAGUCCCUGGGAGAGUGAAGUUUUAACGAUAAAACCAGAUGCUAGUAUUCAUGUACAAGUGGCUGCUGAGAAGGCGAUGGAAUCAAUCUGUCUUAUUACGGUCAAUGAUGGUGUCUGGGCAUCCGGUGUUAUUCUCAACGAACAUGGUCUCAUACUAACGAAUGCUCACCUUCUUGAGCCGUGGAGGUUUGGAAAAGGUGGUGUAUAUGGUGAAGGAAACGACAAUGGUUUAAGACCCCAUGUCUUAGGAGCUGAGGAGUUUGCUUCCUCGAGAAGUAGAUUUUGGGAACAUGGGAGUCGAACAUUGCCACCAAAAGCUCCAGCAGAUCUUUAUUCCUCUGUUGGAGAAAAUGUCAAGAAAUACAAACACAAUUUCCUUCAGACUAGGCAUGGAGACAUACGUGUGCGAUUGUAUCAUCAAGAUUCUUGGACUUGGUGUCCUGCAAAAGUGGUUUAUAUCUGCAAGGAACAGUUGGAUGUUGCCGUACUGCAGCUAGAGUAUGUACCCGGGAAGCUCCAACCUAUUACUGCCAAUUUUUCUUCUCCUCCUUUGGGUACACCGGCACAUGUUGUUGGACAUGGACUCUUCGGACCAAGAUGUGGGCUUUCUCCUUCUAUUUGUUCCGGAGUUGUAGCAAAGGUAGUUCACGCAAAGAUGAGAUUGAAUACGCAAUCCAUUCUGCAAGAUGCCACAGCGUUCCCCGCGAUGCUCGAAACAACGGCUGCUGUGCAUCCAGGUGGUAGUGGUGGUGCUGUUGUCAAUUCAAGUGGCCAUAUGAUUGGACUUGUUACCAGCAACGCAAGACAUGGAGCGGGGACAGUUAUACCGCAUCUCAACUUCAGCAUCCCAUGUGCAGUCUUGGCACCAAUCUUCAAGUUUGCAGAAGAUAUGCAAAACAUGGAGAUCCUUCAAACACUUGAUCAACCAAACGAAGAACUCUCAUCGAUAUGGGCUUUGAUGCCAUCACUGUCACCAAAGCCUAACCCUAAGACUGAGCAGUCUCUACCCAAUCUGCCUAAGUUACUCAAAGAUGGUAAUAACAAACAGAAGAAAGGAUCUCAGUUCGCCAAGUUCAUCGCAGAGACUCAAGACAUGUUUAUAAAGCCGACCAAGCUUUCACGCGACGUGAUCCCUAGCAAGUUAUGACAAGAUAUACUUCCUUUGCAGAGUUUGUGUCUUCUUCGUUUUCUCCUUUUGCUGGAGUAGCAACUAUAACUUGUGUAUAGACUAUAGAGAUUACAAUGUGUUGCUGUUGUUUCUGGAUUCUUCAGCUUGUACCAUAUUUAUACACUUAGCAUACGUUGACAACUGUAUAUCAUCAAUCUUGAUACUGUGUUUCUGUUUUUCUUUCUUACCAUUUUAGCUCUCCGUCUC